UUGAAAUACACGUCAGUAUUUGACAGGAAGACCUCGUUUACUUAUGAACACGUUGAGAAGAUCACCAUGUUUUGUCGUUUAUCUGUAUUCCAGACAAUGAUGUGAUGGAAAAUGAGGAAAUUUAGUGUUAGUGUUCACAUUCUCGUGGCAGUUUUAUAUUUUCAAAGUGUAAGACCACAACAAGCAGGGGAGAGCACUGAUGGCUCCAUGUCGCUCAACACUGGUGUUCAGACAGGGAAAGGAGAGUCCGACACUCUACAGGCCAACAGUCCAAGUGCAUCCCCGCAUAUUACAGCCAGCAUGAAUAAACCUGAGUCAACUAGUGUGCUUGCGCAACCAAGUGUGGUGAUUACUGCUGACAGUUCACACCAGCAGGUGGAGGCCAGCGUUGUGGCAGUAGGUGCAGUGGACAGCAGUAGUGCAGCAGUAGCCAGUGAUAAGGUGCAUGACCCCAGUGACCAAGGGGGAGCUCACAAACAGAAUGGUCAAGAUCAUCUUAAAACAGAUGCCAUUAAAAGCAAUGUUGAGCCCACAGAGUCCUCGUCUGAGAAGGAAAAAUUGGCUAGUCAGACUGAAUCAUCAAGUAGUGAUGAUGUUCAACAAAAGCAGCACAGUGACCACCACUCAUCAGUGACAACUAAUGAGACACUUGGAGAUAAAAGCAAAGAUGAAGCACUGCCUGCAUCAGAAGACAGUUCUACUGUAUCACUGUCCGAGCCUGAACUUAGUGUGGACACUAGAGAUUUGAGUGGGGGCAGCAAGGUUGACAUCAGGGACAAAGUAGCCACUGAUCAUCAACAGGACUUUCAGUCAUACACUGAGUGGAGGCAGAAGGUCCUGGAGGAAGAACAAAAGUCAAAACAAGACAACACAAUUCCUGUGGUGCCCAUGCCUGUUCCUCUCAAGUCCAAGCAGCGAAUCAACUUUUCCUCUAAGAACUGUGGGGCUAAGGUGUUGGCAUCCAAUCAGGAGGCUGAAAAUGUGCAGGGUGUGCUCACUGGGAACAAAGAUGAGUACAUGCUCAAUCCAUGCGGCGCUCAGAAGAAAUGGUUUGCCAUAGAACUUUGUGAACCAAUUCAAGUGAAGACAGUUGAAAUUGCAAGCUUAGAGCUGUUUUCUUCUCAGCCAAAGACAUUUCGAGUGUCCCUGAGUGACAGGUUUCCAGCCAAAGAUUGGCGUGAGUUGGGCGAGUAUGAAGCGACACAAGAGAAGACUGCACAGGCCUUUCAGGUGGAUGACCAGCAGUUUGUGAAGUUUGUCAAGGUGGAGCUGCUCAGUCACUACAGCAAUGAACACUUCUGUCCUGUUACCUUGUUCAGAGUGUUUGGCGUACCGAUGGCAGAUGAUGAUGAUGAUGACAACAAUGAGAACAUAGAAUCAACCAACUCCGAAGAUGAAACUGUGAUCCUUCAGGAUGGAGAUGAAGAUGAAGCCAAGGACAACUCAAGAAACCUCUUUAUGAGUGCCAAGGACACAGUGAUGAACUUGGUGAAGAAGGUAUUGAAUGUGGAUGAGGCUGACCAGAGCACUACAGGAGAUCCUCCAAGUGAGACGGAUGUUGUUGGGGGGAACUACUCCCAUGAUGGCUACUUGCUGCCCUGUGUGCCAGAUGCUGACACCAAAGUUGGUGAGAUGAGGUGGGAGAGCAGUGGAGAUGUCCCCACAGUAACAGUCCCUCUACCCAGCAGUCAGGCAGGACCAACAGAUCUGCCUAUUGUAACCAAACUUCAAGAUGAUGAACAGAUACCUAGUGAGCACAGUGGGAAUGAGAAUCUGGUGACAUUGUUGUCAUCUCAGUAUCCGGGUGCUGUGGAGAUUUGUACCACACCUUCACAGCACAACAAAACAAGCCCUCAUCGUAUGGUUUGCUCCUAUAUUCAGACAAUGCUAAGUAACAAGAUCACACAGACAUGUUCCUCACAGCCGGAGCCCACUGUGGCCUCCUCCCCCAGACAGAAGACAGACACUUCUCCCAAGACUUUGUCAGACACCAGCAGCACACCUGUGGCAGACACCACUCACUCACAAAGUUGGAUGGAGGAAAGUCCAGUGACUCACACAACAGAGAGAUCAGCAAAUACUGCAGGCAGCUUCAGUCUGCAGGAAACACAGGCAGAUAAAGGGGACAGAUCUGUAUCCGCUCACGAGAUAUCUACUGAUGAUGAUGACAGUAAGAAGUCUGUACCCGACACAACAACAGAUACAUUGGUGGUCAAAACCCAGAGUAUUACUGGAAUAAAGACAAUAGAAUCUGUGACAGUGAGCCUUGAAGCUGAGCAGGAUUUCUCAAAGCCUUCUGAGUCUAGCCCCUCAGUGAGUAGCAGCCAACAGGAGAAUGAGGUAGUGCCUCACCUCAAGCCUAGCAGCACCCCAUCCUUUGUGGAGGAUUCCCACAAGUUGACUCACACCCCAGUGCUAGAGACACAACAACCCUCGACAAGUGACACUCUAGCAGAAGACCUCGGGAAAACAUCAGUCAGCAGCAAAGUGUCUCCAUCUCCAGCUGUGGUUGUUUCCAGCAGCGUAGACACUCUGCCCACCAAAGUUAUUGCUACAAUGUUGGAUGAGGAGGUGGAUGAACACAAGGACAGCCCUGGUCAAGAGUCUGAUGUGACAGAGAGUGUUGUUAAAGCAGAGAAUAUCACAGCUAACAAAGACAAGCCCCUUGAUCUCAUGCAGGUUCCACUGGCCCCUGUAGCCAAGAGGGAGACUGCUAUUAUGAGGCUUACAAACCGUAUUAAAGCACUUGAACUGAAUGUCUCUCUCAGCAGCAGGUUCCUAGAUGAGUUGAGCCAUCGCUUCAAGAAACAGUCUGAGGAUAUGAUGAGACUACUUAAUAAAACAAUCGCUCAUUUUAACAAUGUGACAGGCAGAACUGAGGUAAAGGAUACACUACAACAGGAACAAUUAGAAAAACUGGAAUCACGUGUGGAAAAUCUGACUGCCCUUAUGACUGAGUUGUCUAUAAGCAUGGAGGAUCUUAACAACAAGAUUACAGACAGACAGCUAGUGUGGACAACAGUUGAGUUUUUUCUGCUGGGGAUUGUAUGUAUUGUGUGUCUACGGCGUGGUGGUUCUCCAAGCAUACACCCAGAUGUUCGCCACUUGCUGGAGAUGAUGCCUAGCCAUCCAAAUCACACUGCCAGUGUGCGGCGGAACUCUGUGGGCGCUGUUGGCAGUGUUUUGUCAACAACACCAAUGAGAAAACAAGCAAGUGAAUCUGCCCUUGCUGCUGCUAUAGCUAAUGAAUAUAAUCCAAGUUUUGAGAUUGUGGAACAGGGAAAUUCACUUCUUAGUCAACAGCCAGUGCAGAAGGAUGGUAACAAGAAAAAGAAGAAGAAAAAGCAUAAAAAUCUGGAACCUAAAUCAUCAACUGAGGCAGUGUCUCCAGAGGGCUCCGACUCUCUGUCUGCUACGCAACUCACAGAGAGUGCAGGCCUGUUGUUUGGUGCAGAUGCUUUGACUGUCCUCACAGGCAUUCCUGAUCCUUCUUGCACUAUUGCUAAGACAACAGAUGAGAAAUCCACUUCACACAGAAUGAGCACCAAGAGUCUUCCAACUCACAGCAGGCAAAGUUCCCAAUCGUUUAUUGAAAUCCACAAGAAUCCAUCUAAUGUGACUGUCCUUCCUAAGAAGUUAUCGCUGCCCAACUCUGGUAGCCAAGCCUCACAGUGUAUCAGUCACACAACUAAACACAGUAGUUGUGCCCCUCCCAGUGGACUCAAGGCACACAGCCUACACAGCCUACACAGGCUGCCCACGCAUCCCCCUGCAGGCGGCACUGUGCAGGCAGCCAGUAGUGUUCUUGCUGGUACACAGGUGAAGACACUGGCUAAUGGUGCCAUGUGUGACAGCAAACCAGUGAGUGGAAGGACAUCAGCACACAUGUGGAAGUCCACAGGCCAACACAAGCCGGUGCCGCCCCCACCACCACCACCACCACCACCACAAGGUGGCACACGCUACCCAGGUUUAAAGGGAACCAAAUCCAACCCCAAGCAGAAGAGCUGGAGUUUCAAGAAAUCCAUUGGUUUUGAAUAAUAUAUAUGUAAAGUAUAUGCUUAUUACUUCUUCAAACCUGUGAUUUGAGGUAUGGGCUUGACUUGGAUGGCUUGUUACUAAAUUAUGGAGUGCAUAUUUGUUGAAUGAAGAACUUGAUUGUGUGUUUUAGUGACAAGGAAUAGUGCUAUCUGCUUUGCAGGCUCUUGGUUACUAUCAUUAUUUACUGAAAGAGAUUAUAUUGUGUAGUUGACCUUCAUUCUCCUUUGCCGUCCAAGGAAAUUGUUACUUCCAGUCUUGUAUUCAUGUGUCAUGUCAUUGUGCAGUAUCAUACUUAUUUUCAAUUAAUCAUAUGUUUUGUUAUGAAAUAAGUACACGUGUAUGACUGUGUUACAUAUUUAAUGGCAAGAACAAACAGAUGGGCAGUUAACCCAAGAUGAAAUCUUUACUCACAGUUGGGAUCAUGUAAGGACAGAGAAUCAUACACACAUUGAUUGUCAGGUGUUAAUUUAGAGAAUCAUGCACACAUUGAUAGUCAGGUGUUAAUUUAAGGCAUUAUUCAGUGAAUUCCAGUGUGAAUUCCAGGAUGUUUUAGGGACAGGCAUACAAUUUCUCAAAUCAAUAUGAUUAUUCACAUGAAAUGUUGUAGAUGUAGAUGUCCAGCAUGAAAUCUCUAAGUCAGCCUUAUGUCACAUGACUACACUAUUCCUCAAGUCAUCACACCAGAAGGUUAUUGUCUGGGAUAUCAGAUAUUUGUAGUUUGGAUAUCAAAAUGUUCAUGGGUCUUCCAAUACAGGGUUAAAGUUCAAGUAAAAAUGCAGCUGCCAUUUUAUUGUGAAAACAACAAGUGAUAAUACUUGAAAUAUAUGGAGUGUCUAAUACAGGUAUUUCUCUGUACCCAAAGAUACAUAAUCAAGGGAAAUACACAACAUUGAGCAUGUCACAUAUGUAUGAACAAAGUCAUGAUGUAGGCUCGCAGACCUACAGGUUUAGAGACUCUGGUAGCUGAAAGUUUGCCCAGUAGGCUCACAGACCUACAGGUUUAGAGACUCUGGUAGCUGAAAGUUUGCCCAGUAGGAUCACAGUCCUACAGGUUUAGAGACUCUGGUAGCUGAAAGUUUGCCCAGUAGGAUCACAGACCUACAGGUUUAGAGACUCUGGUAGCUGAAAGUUUGCCCAGUAGGAUCACAGUCCUACAGGUUUAGAGACUCUGGUAGCUGAAAGUUCGCCUCAGGAGGCUCACAGACUUACAGGUUUAGAGACUCUGGUAGCUGAAAGUUUGCCCAGUAGGAUCACAGACCUACAGGUUUAGAGACUCUGGUAGCUGAAAGUUCGCCUCAGGAGGCUCACAGACUUACAGGUUUAGAGACUCUGGUAGCUGAAAGUUCGCCUCAGGAGGCUCACAGACUUACAGGUUUAGAGACUCUGGUAGCUGAAAGUUCGCCUCAGGAGGAUCACAGACCUACAGGUUUAGAGACUCUGGUAGCUGAAAGUUCGCCUCAGGAGGCUCACAGACUUACAGGUUUAGAGACUCUGGUAGCUGAAAGUUUGCCCAGUAGGAUCACAGGCCUACAGGUUUAGAGACUCUGGUAGCUGGUAGUAGCUGGUAGUUUGCCCCAACAAGAUUCACAUCCAAUGUAACAAAAUGUUGAGAGGAUGAAGGAUCAUAUUACUUUUUGAACAAAUACAACUAGUUUACCCAAGUUUCUGAAAUGUGGGAAAUUUUGAAUUGGUUCCCAGCAACCUAUGCAUGUUGUACAGGACAACUUGGUGGAGGAGGUUGUCAGGCUUGGCUUCUGGUAGAUAGCAUGUCAAUGUACACUGAUGGGUAUUUCAAAGUAUUGUUUACAUUAACCAUACAACCUCAGCAGAGUAGCCAUUGAUAAGUGUAUAUAAACUUGUGUCAACCAUCAAAGUAUUUAAAACAUUAUGUACAAGACUGCAAAUACCUCAAAGUAAUAAUAGCUAUAUGGUAAUAUCGUCAUGCAGGGGUUAAUCUUAAUAUCUACUGUCAUUCAUGGGAGAUGGAUUAUACUUUUUCAGAUGUGUUUUAUUAGUGCCUGAAAAUAGUAAUUAUCGUUUGUUAUGUUGAAUAACUAUAAAGAGUACUGUUCUUAUCUCCCUUUGAUUAAGAUAUCUUUGUUGCCAACAGGCAUGGUAUAUCUUUUGUGGAAAUUCUAUAUUUGUGCCAAAUAUCACAAUGCACCACAAGUGAGAUCAUUUCUUCAGCAAGACAGAAACAAUUCUGUCAUUAUAUAAGGUUAAUGCUCAUUUGUGUCAUGUCGAGAUUAAUGUAGUUCUACAAUCACUGAAUAUUAUAUGUGCUUUACAUAAAAUUACUUACUUCAAAUAGCAUAUUCCAGCAGGUUUUGGGGAGCACCUUUAGAAUACAGCACCACCUCUUCUUGAGAGGACGAUCUCUGCUGUAGGUCACAUUUCACUAAGACAAGCAACCAAUUUUUGUGAGAAUCUGCUGGAUGCGAACUUGAGACCUUCGGAUUGUUAGCCCGACAACUAACCGAAUGAGCUACGUUCACACUGUAAAACCAAGUGCAUAUUUACCUAGUCGAGCCUACGAUGUUAUGGAACUGAACGGAAAGGGUGGAAUAGGUGACGGACACUUACGAAGGCUACAGGUAGCCAUGGUGUCUAGUGACUUUCGUCACUUACAAGUGAUCCUGAUACCAUUCGGCACUCUCGUCCCAUUCUGUGAUCUACAAGAUACCAAGUGGUGAGGGAUGAGCCAAUAUGGCACAAACUGAAAACAACACUCAACAAAACUAACCCUAAUGAUUGUAAAAGAGUGAUUGAUCGUAAAGGGGAUCCAAGGGCAAAGGAUAGAGUUUGGGGUAACCUACAAAAGAUGUCCCAUGUUAGAUAAAGUGUUUGGACCAGCAACAUUUGGAUGUGUGCAGUGUCAACUUAAUAUACGUAAUAAGCUGCAUUCCUAUGAAAAUUAAUAAAUUGAUGUUCAUACAGUUUGGCCCUCACUCUAUGAAGGUUCAUACUCCAGUGAGCUCACACAAAGUGAAAGUCGAUUCUCUGUCGCAGUGAGCCAUCAAUAAUCCCAGACAAACCAUUGACUGAAAACAUGAGCAGUGAUCCACACAGUAAGCCUUAGCACAGAGCCAGACAACCUGCUCCACAUCAUAGUUACAUACUGCAGGACGUAGAC